CUACGAGAAUUUGAAAGCAGGUCUGAGUUCCAGGAAUGUGCUUCGCUCAGCUUGCUCAUUUAGACUCUGCAAAAGAAUCGUGAGGGCUUCACCUUUGUCUUAUAUCUGAAAGAAAUAUAUCAUGUUCGACUUGGAAAGUGUUAAGGUGUUUAUGCGAAAUUUAGGGAGAAGAAUCGCUUCAUACCCCAAGGAACUCUGGCUCGCUUUUGGGAUGAUUAUAGUUUUCUUGGCUUAUUUUCUUAUUUAUAGUUUUGCAUUUUAUAAUCCGGGACAAAGAUCAUCAGAACUUAAAGGUAGGUACGGAAAGCAUUAAGCGGUAAUAUUAGAAAAUUUAAAAACUCUAUCUUCCGCCUGCUCCGUCGUUUGGCUCCGUUUCGGAAAGACUAUUUCCUAUUAACUUUAUUGUCAGGGAGCUUUUGCAACGACGCUGGCAACGACAACCAGAACGUCAGAAAAGCAAGAGCUCUUAUAUUAACAAAAACAGCAACUCAGCACAUAAAAUACACUGGUACAUUUCUUUCAUGAUUGCACGACUACGACGUAAAAUCACCUUAUACGAUCCUUAAUGAAUCCACUUUUAAUAAACACUAUGAAACACCCGACCAUGAAUCCAUCUUUAUUCUUCUUGGGCUCGGUCCUCAAGAAAUCAACCCCAGGUAAAUUCACCCCCAUUUGGUACUUAAAACCAGUUGGAAUUCUUUUUCAUGGUAACGUUUCUGCUGCAGUCGCCGUCUUCGUUAAGCCAAAGCUCCCUCAUAUUCGAAGAGCCACAAGUCAUAAAAGCGGUGGCCAUGCUGGUGAACAAGAACAAAAGCAGUCGUUCCUGAACUCUUUCUUCAUGCAAAUUAUCCCAAAAAAUAUUGUUCCACCAACAUGGCCUCUUUGUCGCGUAGUUGAAACUAGCAAUAAGCCUCGCUUACAGGUUUUUGGGUACAAAGUUAUACUGUAUUUCAUUUAUGUUGCAAAAGACAAACAAAAUUAUCAAACAUCACGAAGGAUUUUUUAAAUAAGAUGGCGCAUUUAGCAAUCAACAGGAUUACCAUUUUGAAUGAAACUGUAACCUGCUUACUAACUCAGACCAUUUAAAUUGCCCAUCUUGUCUAAUCGUUACAGAUUUUAUACCAGCCCAGUUAUAAUGCAAUAACCACGAAACCUUUUCAAAUUAUAGGGACACCGUGUAAAUGUUCUCCGAUAUUUUGCUAUAAAACUUCAAAAACUGUUAUAGGCUUAACCUUGCAUAUUUUUUUGAUUCACUGCUCUCCAUAGUUGAAGAGGACAAUCGAAUAUUGGCCACUGGAUUUGACUGCAGACAGAAGCCACUAUGUGAUGCUAAUGCUAUUUGUACAACAGACCCAUUGAACAAGGAUCGUCAUGUCUGUGUCUGUAACAAUGGCUUUCAAGGGAACGGCUCUUCGUGCCAUGGUCAGAGAAAGAUAAGCGCGUUUUUAAACUUCAGAUUCUGUCGGGCCACAUUCAGGCUAGGGAUCGAGUUCAGUUCGACCUGAAGCACGGCUGUAGCACAACGACUCGCCCCAUGUAAGGAAAUCCGGAUUCCAGAAUCCCGGAAGUUUUUGCUUGUUGAAUCCGGAAUCUUAGCCAAUGGGCUUUUGAAUCCGGAAUCCUACGCAAAACUGAAAUCCGGAAUCCACGUUCCACUGACAAAGCCGAAAUCUGUUCCUGAAAUCCGGAAUCUACGGCGUGGAAACCAGAAUCCAAGACUGUCUCGGAUUGUCUUACAUGGGGCAAGGGCACAAUUAAUUCAGGGGAUUGAGUUAAGGUCGACCUGAAGCACGGCAGUAGCACCACAUUUAAAACCUCUUUGCUGCCACUUGGCAGUAGCCGGGACGAUUAACGCCUUGUUCAAGACAUCGGAACUGUCUUUGAGAUGCUUCCUUAGCAUCUUAACUCUGACACGUUGAAAUUUCUGUAACGAGAAUUUUUAACAACCAUAUUUAGGGGAUAUCGCGAUGUUUUAUAUGUUGUGUUUUUGAACGUUGCCUAGAAAAAGGUAACGAAGAUUUUGGAACAUUUUUCUUCAAAAUGUGCUUACGUAAAUACGAGCACACGCGUUACAAAUAGACUAUAGGUAAGCGAAAGGCAUUUUGUCUGAAACGGACAGUUUUUUCAGGCUAAUUAUAAUUUCCAACUUGAAUUUCUUGCAGAUAUAAAUGAGUGCUUAUCUAAAAAACUGCAUUCCUGUCUCUCAAAAGCAACAUGUGUGAACGCCAUUGGCAGCUACAAGUGUACUUGUCUUCUUGGUUACGAAGGAGAUGGGCGCUCAUGUACAGAUAUUAAUGAGUGCAGUAUAAGCCAAAAUAACUGUAGUGCUUAUUCGUUGUGCAAUAACACUGCUGGCUCCUAUACUUGCACCUGCCUGGACGGAUUUCAAGGUAAUGGCUUUUCGUGUAAAGACAUAGACGAGUGUGAAAGAGAAAUUCAUGACUGCAGUCCCAAUGCAUUGUGCACGAAUGCAAUUGGUGGUCACAACUGCUCCUGUUUGUCAGGUUUCCAUGGUGAUGGACGAACCUGUCAAGAUGUUGACGAGUGCAAAGCGUGGACGCAUAAUUGCAGCGGACAUGCAUCGUGUAUAAACACCAUUGGUGGAUAUGAAUGCAAAUGUCGAGACGGAUUUGAAGGCAACGGGUUUCAAUGUAUAGACAAGAAUGAAUGUAAGAUGAAAACACACAACUGUAGCCAGCAUGCAUACUGCAGAAACAACGUCGGUGCAUAUAAUUGCACUUGUCAUGAUGGUUAUGAAGGCAAUGGAUGGUCUUGCACAGACGUAGACGAAUGCAAGACUAAGACACACAACUGCAGUAUAAAUGCAUUCUGUACAAACAACGUCGGUUCAUAUAAUUGCGGUUGUCAUGAUGGUUAUGAAGGCAAUGGAUGGUCUUGCACAGACGUAGACGAAUGCAAGACUAAAACACAUAACUGCAGUAUAAAUGCAUUCUGCACAAACAAAGUCGGUGCAUAUAUCUGCGAUUGUCAUGCAGGGUAUAAAGGCAACGGAUGGUCUUGCACUGACGUAGACGAAUGCAAGACUAAAAAACAUAUUAACUGCAGUAUAAAUGCAUUCUGCAUAAACAAUAUCGGUUCAUAUAACUGCAGUUGUCAUGAUGGUUAUGAAGGCAAUGGACGGUCUUGCACAGACGUAGACGAAUGCAAGACUAAAACACAUAGCUGCAGUAUAAAUGCAUUCUGCACAAACAAUAUAGGUGCAUAUAAUUGCACUUGUCAUGCAGGGUACAAAGGCAACGGAUGGUCUUGCACUGACGUAGACGAAUGCAAGGCUAAAAAACAUAACUGCAGUAUAAAUGCUUUCUGCAUAAACAAUAUCGGUUCAUAUAACUGCAGUUGUCAUGAUGGUUAUGAAGGCAACGGAUGGUCUUGCACAGACGUAGACGAAUGCAAGACUAAGACGCAUAACUGCAGUAUAAAUUCAUUCUGCACAAAUAAUGUCGGUGCAUAUAAAUGCGCUUGUCAUGCAGGGUAUAAAGGCAACGGAUGGUCUUGCACUGACGUAGACGAAUGCAAGGCUAAAAAACAUAACUGCAGUAUAAAUGCUUUCUGCAUAAACAAUAUCGGCUCAUAUAACUGCAGUUGUCAUGAUGGUUAUGAAGGCAACGGAUGGUCUUGCACAGACGUAGACGAAUGCAAGACUAAGACACAUAACUGCAGUAUAAAUUCAUUCUGCACAAAUAAUGUCGGUGCAUAUAAUUGCGCUUGUCAUGCAGGGUAUAAAGGAAACGGAUGGUCUUGCACGGACGUAGACGAAUGCAAGACUAAAACACAUACCUGCAGUAUAAAUGCAUUCUGCAUAAACAACUUCGGUUCAUAUAAUUGCAUUUGUCAUGAUGGUUAUAAAGGCAAUGGACGGUCUUGCACAGACGUAGACGAAUGUAAGACUGAAACACAUAAAUGCAGUAUAAAUGCAUUCUGCAUAAACAACUUCGGUUCAUAUAAUUGCACUUGCCGUGGUGGAUUUAAAGGUGAUGGACGAACGUGCAGAGACAUUGAUGAAUGCAAAAUGCAAACACACAAUUGCAGUGUCUAUGCAUCCUGUACGAACACCAUCGGUGCAUUCAGCUGCGUUUGUCGUGAUGGAUAUGAAGGUACUGGAUGGGAAUGCACUGACAUCAAUGAGUGUAAGAUUGGAACUGACAACUGCCACUCUAGCGCUAGGUGCGUGAACAAGCCAGGCUCGUACAGUUGUUUCUGCAAAAGAGGGUACACAGGGAAUAGAACCCACUGCACAGGUAAGCUCGGAAAAGUCUCCGAUGUACUUCAUACGUGUGUAAACAGAUCUCAGCGUUGACGUAGACGAAUGCAAGACUAAAACACAUAACUGCAGUACAAAAUAAUGCACUCUACACAAACAGCUUCGGUUCAUAUAACUGCAGAUGUUAUGAUGGUUAUGAAAGCAAUGGAUAGUCUUGAACAGACGUACACGAGUGCAAGACUAAAAACAUUACUGCAGUAUAAAUACAUUCUGCACAAACAACGUCGGCGGAUAUAAUUGCACUUGUCAUGAUGGUUAUGAAGGCAAUGGAUGGUCUUGCACAGACGUAGACGAAUGCAAGACUAAAACACACACACACACACACACACACACACACACACACAUAUAUAUAUAUAUAUAUAUAUAUAUAUAUAAGCAAUGGAAAGAUGACAUCGUCUAAUAACGACUAUACCGUACUAUGUUUUGUUUUUUAGAUAUAAAUGAGUGCCUACUUAGGAAAACAAAGUGCAGCCCAAAUGCGCAAUGCAUCAACACCCAAGGAUCCUACAGCUGUAAGUGCCUAGACGGGUACGAAGGCGAUGGAGAAAAGUGUUAUGAUAGAAACGAGUGUACUAAUGAAUCGAAAUCCUUGCAGCUUCAACGAAGUGUGCAGAAAUACAGACGGUUCGUACACCUGCAGCUGUAAACUCGGUUUUAGAGAAGACGGAAAGUGGUGUGAUGACUAUGACGAGUGCCUAGCGGGUGUUUAUGAUUGCCACCAAAAAGCCGUCUGUGUAAAUACACCGGGAUCGUAUCGCUGUUCCUGUUCCGAAGGGUAUCAUGGAAAUGGCUACGUCUGUGAAGGUGAGUGAUUCUGUUAUGUCCGACACAGUAAAGAUCCCCGGGGUCGGUGAAUUCUUGGUAGAGUUGUGCCAUCCGGUUCUACAAAUCCAGAACCUUUUUCAGACCAAAACAUCCCAUUUUCCACACCCGUUUUCAGACCUCACUUCUGAAAGUUGUAAUUUGUUUGUAAACCGAUUAGGUCGUCCAAGUAAAAUCACCGGGGCUUUUACAGAAGACAGACACUGGCUGCUCUUUUGCUUUUAAAUGCACUUGGAGAUGAAAAGACCAAUUCAAAGUAGACAGACUGCAAAUUAUCUAAGGACUUUUCUACGCCCCCUGGUUUCCUUGCAUGAAAAAAUCUAUACCCGAAUUCAGACCAUUAAUGAACUGGCAAAACCUAUACUCGUUUUUAGACUUAAAGGGUUCAAAAACCAAACCCUUUGGGGCGGCACAUACCUAUACUACUAAUGUAGGGGAGUAGCCCCCUUUCCACGAGCUAUAGUUAUAGGGGUUGAACUUUUCUCACUCCUAGUAUUAUCGGGAUGGCAAGUCACGCUAUUGGCACAGAUAAAUAACAUUUGAUUUUUUAAGGCAUUUCUGCUUUAUUGAUCGUGGUGAAUACUAAAGAAAAGGAUAUUAGUCUCUUAGCCAGACCUUACAGGAGUAUAAGUCCAAUAAUGGUUCCUAAAAAAAACUAAGACGGCGCUGGUCAGCUUCACGUCAAAAAACUAGGCCUUGGUUGUCGUUUAUGCUAACACUGCUAAAACUACAACCAAAAUAAGCAAAUUGGGUGUUGGAUGUGGCUGAUAGAGCUUCCACGUAGGAAUAUCAUAACAAACCUUAUCUUUAUCUUAAGCUUCCUUAUAACAGUUAGUUCAGACAAUGGACUGACAAGAAAUAUCGAAGAUGUUGACUGACUACGUGCACUUUUUUUGAUAUCUUCUUCUUAUAAUGCCUAAAAUGUCACUGGACAAAUCUGACUAGGAAGCUGUCACCCGCCUCGGUUUUUACUCAUUUGUAACAGAGAGGUUUUAUCAAACCAAACAUAUUUUAGGUCACCCUGAGAAUCUCUGAGACUGAACAGGUCCACGUUCAUGGGAAUUUGGACUCCCCGGCUGAGCAUGAGUUAAAAGGUCUUUGUCUAAAGCUCUUAAAGAUGACAUCGUUUAAUAACGACUAUACGGUACUAUGAUUCGUUCUUUAGAUAUAAAUGAGUGCCUACUUAGGACAUCAAAGUGCAGCUCAAAUGCGCAAUGCAUCAACACCCAAGGAUCCUACAGCUGUAAGUGCCACGACGGAUACGAAGGCGAUGGAGAAACGUGUUAUGAUAAAAAUGAGUGUAAUGAUUAUCGAAAUCCUUGCAAUUUCAACGCAGUGUGCAGAAAUACAGACGGUUCGUACACCUGCAACUGUAAAACAGGUUUCCAAGGAGACGGACAGUGGUGUUACGACUAUGACGAGUGCAUGAGAGAUAUUCAUGAUUGCCACCAAAAAGCCGUAUGUGUGAAUACACCGGGAUCGUAUCGCUGUACAUGUUCCAGAGGGUAUCAUGGAAAUGGUCAAGUCUGUGAAGGUGAGGGAUUCUAUCAUAUCCGACACAGUAAAGAUCCCGGGGUCGGUGAAUUCUUGAUAUAGUUGUGCCACCCGAUUCUCCAAAUUCAGACCCUUUUGCAGACCAAAACAUCCCAUUUUCCACACCCAUUUUCAGACCUCGCUUCUGAAAGUUGUAAUUAGUUUGUAAACCGAUUACGUCGUCCAAUGCAAGUAAAAUCACCGGGGCUUUUGCAGAAGACAGCUCUCUUGCUUUUAAAUGCACUUGGAGAUGAAAAGAGAAAUACGUUUAUACGCCCCUUUGGUUCCUUUGAAAAUCUACACCCGAAUUCACACCAUUAAUAAAUUGGCAAAACCUAUACUCGUUUUUAGACUUAAGGGCUUCAAAAACCAUACCCUUUGGGGCGGCGUUUACCUAUAUUACUAAUGUAGGGGAGUAGCCCUUUCCACGAGCUUUAGUUAUAGGGGGUCGAACUCUUCUCAUUCUUAGUAUUACCGGGGUGGCAAUUCACGCUAUUGCCACAGAUAAAGAAUUUUUAGUUUUUAAGGCAUUUCAGAAUCUGUUUUAUUGACCGUGGUGAAUACUAAAGAAAAGGAAUAUUAGUCUCUUACCCAGACCUUACAGGAGUAUAAGUCCAAUAAUGGUUCCUAAAAAAAAUUAAGACGGCGCUGGUCAGCUUCACGUCAAAAAACUAGGUCUUGGUUGUCGUUUAUGCUAACACUGGGUGGUAAAACUACAACCAAUUUUAGAAAAUUGGGUAUUGGAUGUGGCUGAUGGAGUUUUAAAUAUUUGCAUGACUCACACUGUAACAUCAAUUUUACUAAGGACUGUGUACCUUUUAUUUUUUUAUUUCUCGUUUCACAGUUUCCUCUGCCAACAGCAUAGUACCCACAAGAUUUCUUCUUGUCCUCAUGCUUACCAUUUCUUAUGUGAUCUUAAUUGCACUUGAGGACAACUGCGGCGAUUUUUGAGGCAAUUCUACUUGUUCUAUGAUAAAUACUGAGACGACAUUCACUGCCAUUGAAGAAGGAUUCACUGGUCCAAUGUUGGUGAAAGGGUUCGAAACUGGAAUGAAUAGAGUAAAGGGUCUUGUUCAGUGGUCAGCCACAAAUCGAGUGCUCAGACGUUAUCACUGUUCAUGUUGGUCGAACAAACCCGAGAAAACCAAUAAAAAUUGUCAGCUGUAAACGUAUUAUCGAUUUUGACGAAAAGGGAUGUAUUCAAAGAAGAUCAUCUGAACUUUGACAAUCUAAUUACUAAGGUUUGAGUGUAGAGAGCUGAGCUGUAAACCACGUGUUGACAGGAAAACAAGUUCCUUACGACCAAUCACAAAUCACGUAGCCUGCGAAACAGAAGGAACUAAAGCUUCUGGUUAAUAACCGGGGUUAGACUACGUCUGCGGCACAGGCUACAGAUUACGCUGCCCCAGCCAUCCUUAAAUUUGAAAUUUCUAACUUUAAACUGAUGAAAUCUGAUAACGAAGAACUUUUAGU